GAUUCAUAGAGGUUACCAAAACAUUAUAUUGUGAAGGACUUCACUUGGAGCUUUUGGAAUCAACCUCUGGCGGUGGAUCAGCGGCAACUUGAUGGACUUCCAGAACCGUGCCGGGUCCAAGCCUGGCUCCGGGGGUGUGGCCUCAGAGCAGCAGCAAGCCAUUGAUCGACGGGAACGACUCCGCAAGUUGGCCCUGGAAACUGUCGAUCUCUCCAAAGAUCCGUACAUCCUCAAGAACCACUUGGGCACAUUCGAGUGCAAACUGUGUCUGACCCUACACAGCAACGAAGGCAACUAUCUGGCCCAUACUCAAGGCAAACGCCAUCAAACAAACCUUGCGCGCCGAGCUGCCAAAGAUGCAGCUGACGCGUCCGCGUCUGUCGUUCCCACGAAACCUGUGAUCGUCCCACGACGCACCAUCAAGAUUGGGCUGCCUGGGUACCGAGUCACGAAGCAGCGCGACCCCGACACCGGCGCCCGCAUGCUUCUCUUUCAAGUAGAUUACCCUGAUGUGGCUGAUGGUUUCCAGCCUCGUCAUCGUUUUAUGUCGGCAUACGAGCAAAAAGUAGAGCCCGCGGACAAGAACUUUCAGUACCUGCUCAUGGCAUGCGAGCCAUACGAAACAGUGGCGUUCAAGGUACCGAACAUGGACAUCGACAAGUCGGAAGGAAAAUUCUUCUCCAACUGGGACAAGUUGAGCAAAUCAUUCACGCUGCAGCUAACGUUUGCCGUCGAACAAAGCAAACCAUCACGCCCAGCCCCCCCGCCACCUCGUCCAACUCGACGUUUCUUGUAACGUCUCUUGGCGGCUAAUACGAGCUGAAAUUGAUUUAAUGAGUUGGGUUUCCUCUCGACUGGUCGUGUGUCUAAGGGCAGAACUGCUGAAUAAACAAGUUCAUCCAACG